UUGUAUGCUUUACUGCAGGGGCGGACUGACCAUUUAGAAACUCGGGCACAGCCCGAGGGCCCUUGGCCAGUAGGGGGCCCCAUGAGAUGCCCCUGGUACCUUUUCAUAGGCUUUUUUGAGUUUGGGCAAGGACACAGGGGCCCCAUGAUCCCCUAUUGCCCGGGGGCCCUAUGAGUUGUCAGUCCACCCCUGCUUUACUAACACAGUAUAGCAAAUCCUCUCCACUAUCUCAUGGGAUAGCAUGUCUAAGCACUCCAAGAAGCUCGCUACAUGCAUCCUGAGA